AAUAUUAUUUAAUAUUGUGUGUUGUUUUGUGCUUAUUGUGAUGUUUUGUAAAUUGUUGAAUUUUAUUAUUUAGAAAAUUAAAUUUCAUUUUAUUUGUACAAUGUAAUAAAUUUUUAAUCAAAUUUUUUUGCUUCAAUGUAAAGAUGAAAAAAGUGAAAACAAAUUGGAAAUAAAACAAAUAAAUGCCAAUUUAUCUGAUUAUUCAGGAUUUUCGGAAUCAUUUGAUACUGAUGUAUCAACAUCAACAAAUUCAGUGCCAACAACUUGGCAACUUGCAAGUGACCUGGAGGCAACAAAAAUUUCAAAUAUUGAUAAAAAAUUAUCAAAAAAAGAAGAGAAAAAAUCUAACAAAGAAAAAAGAAAAUCAUUAAGUUUAAUGAUUAAAAAUACUCUAAAAACAAAUAAUAAUUCUAAGGCAGAAUUGUUACCAUUACCUUCACCACCUCCUCCUCCACCUCCACCAUUACCACCUGUUCUUCCACCUAGUCCUUCGAUAUCUUCAUCGUCAGAAAAUUCAAGUCAAUGUGGAACACUGAGAAGCAUCAAAUCACUCAAUGAUGGACCAAAUCAUCAUCAAAUGCAUCAAGAAUUAAAAUCAGUUUUAAAUCAAUUUCGUGAUAAAAAAAGAGUCAUUGAAGUUGUUAAAACACCAGAAUGUUUUGUCGAUCAACAAUCUACAUCUGAAGAAGUUCAAGCAUGGUUGUCUAUGAAAAGUUUUUCUGACAAAAUAUGCAAGCAGUUCAAUGGAAUGUCAGGCUCUGAUUUGUUUAGUCUAACCAAGGAGGAACUUGAACAACACUGCGGUUCGAUUGAUGGUAAACGACUUCAUGGUCAAAUAACAUUGUGUAGAAAUGCCUCAGGUUUUCAAUCAACAAGGACAUAUGAAUUAAAAACAAUACUUCAAAAGGCAAGAUCAAAAGUUGAUACAGCUCCAACUGAUGGCUGAUUUUACAUGAGCAUUAUUUUAUAUACACAAGACUGUUCAAUUAUUAUUAAAAAUAAUCACCUGACAAUCAAUUGUGUCAAUGAUAAUAAUGUGAGAU